CUAGCAUGUAAACAGUGACGGCAACGUUUUGCAGUGGUGGAGAAGAACGUGAACGUCAUUUUUACAAUGGCGGAGGCUGGGUGAAGAGGACAGUGUGUGGAAAGCGGCGCCGUAAUCGUCCGAGCUACAACGCCUUUACCCAGCGCACGGUGCCUCAAAAUGGCCCUGAACCCCAAGGCUGCAGGAAAGGCGGACUCAGAAUGCGCAGAGACGGGAGACCCGCUCCCGAGGGGCGGCGAAGCGGACAAGAAUUCAGCCGCCACUUUGGCCACAGCCAACCAAAAUGGCGAACAGCCUGGAUGCAGAGACGGUGUAAUGCCCGAACAAGAAGCCCCAGAACGGCGGAGGAGCUUGCUGGCGGACGCCCGGUGCUCCAGCAGGUCUCCCCUGUCUGCUCAGAGAUCGAGCGAGGAGUUGCCACGGAAGAAUUUCCAGAUUCCGAGGAAGACGAGAGAACGGAAAGGUCUCUACCAGUUUUUGCCCCCCGAAAGCCGGGAGUUUGAGGAGCUUGUGAAGAUAAUUUCCUCCUUUUACUUGGAUGCUUCAUCACGCGGAAGCUUCUCCUACUGUAAGGCCAGGCUGAUUCACAACGAGCUGCUGGAGAAGGAGUUUAUUGAGAAGCGGCGAGAAAUGAAGCAGGAGGGGCGGACCGAACAAGAGCUUUCUGAAUCGUACUGCUUCCUUUUUCCAGAUAAAUCCAAGCUCCAGUGGAUCUGUGAGAAAGGCUUGUCAUUAGGACACUGCAGGAUCACAACAUUAGGAAAUCCAUCAAUGGGUGUUUAUCUCUCAAAAUACUCUGAUUUAUUACAAAUAAAUCCCUUUGAAGUGGGUUCGUUUGGAGAUAUGAUCAUCUUUAAGGUCAUGAGGGGACGAGUAAAGCACAUCCACGAGAACAUGCCUAAGAACGCCAUCGAACCUUCACCAAAGUUCGACUGUCACUUGUCCAAAAGUGCCAGCAGGGUCACAUCUUUGCUGUCAUAUAGAGCUUUUGAGCUCACGCAGCAAUAUUUCUUCGAGUUUGCGUUUGACGAGAUCAAAGCGCGGCCCCGGCAUGUAUGCCCCUACGCUGUGGUUUCCUUUCAGUACAAAGGCAAGGAGGUGGCAGCAUCCCCUAUGACUGCACACAGGUUCAAUGCCAUUUCCCCUGAAGGAAGUACAGGGAAGAGUUGCUACACGGUGUGGAGCGGUCCACUGGUGAACAAGGGUCAGGAGUUAUUCCCUGUCUGUUUGCGUUCCUUUUCACGCCCCUACCUCCCUUUCAAGAUGCGUGAGAAGUUAGAGAUGAAUCAAGGCAUGCAGCUGGAUCAGGUGAAGAGGAAGAUCCCCCCCUUUUUAUUUUCCUGGGACACCUACAGCAUAUCACGGGAAGUGAUGAAGUGUGGGAUGUCCUGCAGCCUGUUUGAGGUGGUGGAGGGAAAGGGUAAAGCAACCAGCGGCAGCCUGACAGCACUGAUCAACAAACUGGAGAGGGACCGAAUGGUACUAGUGAAGUCCUUGUUUGACAAGGGUUUCCUCUUCCUGCUGUCCUCAGCUCAGAUGAUUGACUCAAAAGAGCGGCGGGGGCGGAUGGAGAAGAAGCUUCAAGCAUUAUUCAUCUUUCAGGAGUCGAGGAUGGUUGUCAAGCACUCUGCCAGAGUGUCGGAGCCAGAGCCCCAGGCAACUUUCCUGACCUCCAUGGAGCCUUUUAUUCCUGCACUACACUAUGCCUUGUUUAAGCUGCGUCUGAAGCCAGGCAAGGACCUGAGUCUUGGUGUGGAACGCCAAUCCGCAGACUAUCUAACGCGUAUGGAGUCUGGAACGGUGCGACCUUUUAUUCUGCCUGACUACAGAAACAGUUUUGAUGAAAGGGCAAGCCCUAUUUCGGUGCCUAGACCCAAAUUUAAUAUGGACGCUGUGUUACGGUCGUACGUUCACAACUCUGCAAACUACGUUUUACCUCUGGGCAAGGCACGGGACAUAAUGGAACGAAUAAGGAGCCCCGCCCCCGUACCUCCACCCGCAUCAGUUCCUGUUUGUGCUCCUCUUUCUGUGCCAAUGGAAUACAGCCCUGUUUCUGACUGGGGGGGCUCGGACAGAGGAUCGGACCGAGCAGAAAGAGUCUCCCUGGAGAGGCUUGGCCAGGAGAAGGCACCUCCUGAAACCAGCAAACGUAGGCCAGACACGACGCAUUCAAAUGGUGCUCAACUGCAACCCAAACCCCACGGCGAGCCCCAGCCUUCGAAGUCGGAGCUGUCCCAGAACGAGUACGACCAGGACAAGAUGAAACAGCUGCUUAAGCUGAUCCAGCUACAUAAGAAAACCCUGGUUCAGGAUCCAGGGAGGGAUCUAGGGGAGGAUGGAAGCUGGGAUGCCAACAGUCUAAAAAGGAAAUUCGAAGGGGACGGCGAAGGAGGAAUGAACAAACACCAACGCACUGAUCAUCUUAGUAACUGGGAACCAAGUAGAGUGGGCCAGAAAGACGAAAACACAGCCGAGGCUGGACAGGGGGACAGCCUAACGGCAGUAAUGGAGACCAUCGGCCUCUAUGACACGGACCUGAGAAAUCGCAGCAGCGCUGACGCCUCAACAGCCAACGAGACUCAGCGCCUGCUCAAAAUCCUCCUGGCCACACUCAACAAAGCCAUGGCUCAGAGCUCCAUGCCCGUGCCGCCGAGUCAGGGCGAAUCCUCGACUAGUUCAGGAAUUAUAGAGUCCAUCCUUUCCAAAUCAGCUGCUGCCAUGCAAAUUGAAGCAGCUCCGCAAACAAACUACACAGCGGAGGACAUGGACUGUAGCCCAGGGAGUCCGCUGGGCAUGGGCUCGCCGCCACAGGCAGCACAGCCCUCAGACGUCAUAUCUGAGAAUCAUCCUGUCAAUGAAGAAAAAGCUCAGCCACUUGUUGAAGCCAAACCGGAGCCUGAGCCUGAGCCUGCACCAACGGCAGAAACCAACCAAGAGGCGAAGACGCCUGCUGCUAUAGAAGUGAAAAAUCCUGCUGCGCCAAUGGUCGGAGAUGAGGUUCCCUUCCAGCCCUCCAUCAGCCUGGACACCAUUUUGAACCAGGAGAUCCGCAGCCUCACGUCGGACAUUAAAAACAUCAUGCAGACUCAGCGCAUUAGCUAUACCUCACAGCUCCCCCAAAGGCUGUCUCUACGUCACUGCUGGCAGCCCAGCAGCUACUUCUCACACUAUGUUGUUCCCUUCGUCCCCCCUGUACCCGUCGAGGGGCAUGUCCAAGCACUAUGUGAAAAGAUGGACAGGUUGAUCCCAGCUCGACCUGCUUCUCCCAAGGUCACCUCUCCACCUCCCCCUGUGACAUCUAGCCUUGGAACCCCAACCGCUGCACCCAAGCAGUUUUCCAAAAUGAAAACAGAGCCCUCUGUUAUGAAGAACUCCACAUUCUCAGAUGGUGUUAAAAAGAGCUGCAGCAGCAGUGAGACGUCUGUCAAGGUUAAAACAGAAGCUCCAGCACUGGGGGGAGGAGGGCUUUAUUCCCCCUCUCAUGCCACAUCAGACUCACCAGAAUUGAGCUCCCAUUCGGCUGGUGCUGCUCCUGAAGGCGGGUCAAACCUGCUCGCAGGGAGCCUCAUUGGGCAGCUGAAACCGGAGCUUUUCACCAGUCUGGUGGAAAUCUUCAAAGACGUCACGAAGAAUACGGUUAAAUUUUACAUCUACUCUGGAGAAGAAGGCGAGGACAGCACUGUCUGCAAGGAGAUUAAGGAGUACCUGAAAAGUCUAGGCAACAGUGAAUGCAGCCCGCAGACAUUUCUGGAAAAUAGUGGAAGUUUGGAUAAGCUCCUCAUCAUCAUCAGGAAUGAAGACAUCGCUGCACAUGUGCACAAGAUUCCAGCUCUGGUUUCCCUAAAAAAGUUGCCCUCAGUGAGCUUUGCUGGAGUUGACUCCCUGGACGACGUGAAGAACCACACAUACAACGAACUGUUUGUGUCGGGAGGCUUCAUGGUGUCUGAUGAAUUUGUCCUUAACCCUGAUCUCAUCACACAGGAUCGUUUACAAGGGCUGCUGAAGUUCUUGGAGGACCAGAGCACUCCUGAACAUCCCUGGCAGUGGAAGGUCCACUGCAAGUCCCAGAAGAAGCUUAAAGAACUGGGCAGGUUAAAUGCCAACGCUAUGGGGCUGCUGAACCUUUUGACUGCUUACCAGAAAAAGCACCUGGUGGAGUUUCUCCCGUAUCACGAGUGUGACACCCAAUCACGCCAGGCUCCAGAUCUGGAAUGCCUGAUCAAGCUUCAAGCUCAAAACACACAACAACGGCACCUUAUUUUCCUCACAGAGAGACCGUUUGAAAUGUUCCUGCACUACUCUAGAAAUGGAAUAGUGAUCGCGAGCAUUGACGACGUUAUGACUGGUUUUCACAGCCUGAUUGGAUCCAUUAAUCAGAAUGAGCUUCCUACACCACCUUCCACUGUAGUGAAUGAUGAGUGUGUGGAGGCAGAGGACAUGUCAUUAGAUUCUGAUGAUGGCGAGCCAGCAACCUUGACAGAUCCUCUAGAUCAGGUUCAGGCUAAGAAGAAUAACCCUGAGCUGCUGCUGCCUUCGGAGAAGGAGGACUUUCGCCCCCCUCUCCCAGACCUGCAGGCCACCCCUGAAAGAACAUCAACCCUGACUGAAUGCAGCGCUCUUAAAACGGCCAUCUCCCAUUUCAAAGCCACCAACCAGCUCGGAUUAGCCUGCUCAGACAUUGGCAGCUUGUCUCCAGGAGGUUUUCCUGUAAAUACCCACCAGAGUUUUCUGUGCCCUUCAGCCUCCUGGUCGUCCUACAGCGGCUCUUCCAGCUAUGUUGCGUCUCCGGCGUAUCCCGCCUCACCCUGCAGCAGCACGCAGGAACAAGAACACCGCCCCUCAACCACCACGGCUCCUGUGGUUCCAACUCCACCCGUCAUUGCUGCAGUGGGACCUUUAGCAAACCUGGCUUCUCUUCCCUUAGAAGUCAAAGCUCCACCUCCUCCUCCCUUUAUGAUGCAGGGGCAGACAUACGGGGCAGACGCUGGAGGAGCUGUAUCAGCCGGAGCCUCUCCGCUCAUCAGCGCCUUACCUUACAAAGACCAUAGUGACUCCUCCCAACCCGGAUACAUUGGGAUUGCUUCUAAAGGUGCCAGUGGGGCCCCCACACUGCAAGACAGGACACUCAGUGGAGCUGGGGAAAGUGCUUGGGGCGUGAAGGAGACGAGCACUUGUGAGACUGCUUGCAGCCAGGGUGCAGUGACGUCUAAGUCAAUGGAGCCAAUUGGUGUCCCCAAAACAGGUGAAAUCCCUGUGGGCAGCACCCCUGGCACCCAGGGGAGCAGGACUCAGGGGAAUGGUGCUGAAAGCCUAGGAACUUCAGUUGGUAUUCCCCCAGUGGCCACCAGAGGGGGGUCUGUACCCAGACCUAAGCUGCCUACACAUCCAGUGGGAGGUUUGGGUUAUGGGAGCAUAGGUGGCGUUCCCGGGCAUAUGGACCAUUGGCCAGCGCGGGGGACUUUGGUUCCUGGUUCUUUAGGGGGCUUCAGAGGCAGAGGAGCCCCUCCGGUAGGACUCUGGCCUCGGGCCGGUCGAGGACAGGAACUUGGGGAUGGGACUGGAGGUGGACCCUGUUCCUGGGUUUACCCAGCAGGUCGGGGCAGGCCACAGAAUUACUACACAGACUACACAUACUCUCAUAACUACGCCCCUGAAUAGACAAUCAUCGCAGUGAAAGGGGCAAUGCAAGCAGCAUACACCAGAGACAGAACUGGCUGAAUGUACAUAUUUCCUUGUCAUAAAAGCAUUGAUUUAAAACGGUAAUUAUUAAUUUUGGUUUUUCUACAUUAAUAAAAGUAGAUACGGGCAGUGCCGGGUGUCCUACUGUCGUAAAAACUCUCUGUACACUCUUUCCGUGUGAUGUAUUUGAAACCCUGUUCAAACCACUAUAUUUAUAUUUGCCAACAAAUGUUUAUGGCCUUCCAGCUUCUCAGAAUUGACCACACUAUUUCUGUUUGUUCCGGUUUGGAAACGGUUUUGUGAACAAAUGGGGAAACAGCUGAUAUUUUUUUAAGGAAAAACAAAACAAAGUGAAUGAAAUUUCACUUUGCUGUUUUUUUUUUUUGUUUGUUUUGUUUUUUAUUUUACAUAUUUGUCCAAGAUUCUAUUAAAAAUAAAACAUUUCAAAUCUUGUUUGUGUGAUGGGCUUGACAGUGUCAAUCAAACCAUUAAAAAAAGAAAUACCA